AGAAAGGCGCAGAGGGGAUGAGAGAAGAGAGAGGUGGAGUUAGGAAGUCUGAAGGCGUGGUCUACCAACUGUCAGUCACUGGCGGUUGCCAUGGAGCGCGGGCGGUACCGAACAGCGGGACAUCCAAUGAGAGACGCCGCUGCUUGUGUCACCAUGGUGACGGGGCUGUGCCCGGGGAGGUUGUGAUGGGUUGACAGGUGCGUGACAAUUGGAGCUCUCUGUAAGCAUGUACGCCAAAGGGAAGAGCAGCGGUGUGCCGUCCGACAGCCAGGCCAGAGAAAAGUUAGCUCUGUAUGUGUAUGAAUAUCUGCUACACGUAGGAGCUCAGAAGUCAGCACAGACUUUCCUGUCAGAGAUCCGAUGGGAGAAGAACAUCACAUUAGGAGAACCUCCGGGGUUCCUCCACUCGUGGUGGUGCGUUUUCUGGGACCUGUACUGUGCAGCUCCAGAGAGAAGAGACACAUGUGAACACUCCAGUGAGGCCAAGGCCUUCCAUGACUAUAGUGCUGCAGCAGCUCCCAGCCCCGUGCUUGGGAACCUUCCCCCAGGAGAGGGCAUGCCAGUAGGGCCAGUCCCUCCAGGAUUCUUCCAGCCAUUUAUGUCACCUCGAUACCCUGGAGGACCAAGGCCACCCCUUCGAUUACCCAAUCAGGGAUUGGCAGGAGUCCCAGGGAGCCAGUCGAUGUUGCCCAGUGGAAUGGACCCCACACGGCAGCAAGGUCAUCCAAACAUGGGAGGACCAAUGCAACGGAUGACUCCCCCCAGAGGCAUGGUUCCUCUCGGACCCCAGAAUUAUGGAGGGGGGAUGAGACCACCUCUGAACGCUCUUGUUGGUCCUGGGAUGCCGGGCAUGAACAUGGGCCCUGGUGGGGGUCGGCCGUGGCCAAAUCCUCCAAACUCUAACUCUACGCCGUACUCUUCUGCAUCUCCAGGAAGUUAUGUGGGACCUCCAGGGGGAGGGGGGCCGCCCGGCACCCCGAUAAUGCCAAGUCCAGCAGAUUCAACCAACUCUGGUGACAACAUGUACACAAUGAUCAGCACAGUUCCACCAGCUGGAAACCGACCAAAUUUUCCUAUGGGUCCAGGUGGUGAUGGUCCUUUGGGGGGAAUGGCUGGAAUGGAGCCACAUCACAUGAAUGGAUCAUUAGGGUCUGGCGAUAUGGACAGUCUGCCUAAAAACUCUCCCGGUAACCUAAGUAUGAGUAACCAGCCUGGAACUCCCAGGGAGGACGGAGAAAUGGGAGGAAACUUCCUCAAUCCUUUUCAGAAUGAAAGUUAUUCUCCGAACAUGACAAUGAGCGUGUGAAGCGUGUCAGUGAGCCAGUGUGGACUGCCGAGCAAGUUGUGAUGACAUCCAGGCCAGUGAGUCUUCCUCCAUGUCCUCCACAGGUGGGACAGUUGUCCUAGGCUCCUUCCUUCUGCUCCCCACCCCCUCCCUCGUUGACAUGGAUUCUGCUCUCUCCUGUUCUACGUUUCCUCUUUGAAAUGGAGACUGCGCUCCCUUCAUCAGUUCUUCCGCUUCAGCCACAAUACUGUACAAAAGAACCACCUUCAACCAUGCUGAAGGAGAGCCAGGUGUAUAUUUACCGACAAGUGCACGUGACUGUGCACACACUCCAGUCACACGCGGGUCACAACGUGGACUUCACACCCAAAAGAACAAAAUUUCCUAUAUCCUGUAUGUCUCGAAUUUAAAACUUUGCAGACAUUUUGAAUCAGACCUGGACAUCGGUCCUCAUUUUUGUCUUUUGCUUUGUCUACUGCUUGAGGAGAACUGGAAAGACAGACCUGCCAUGAUGGUUACUUGAAGUGUGGGCCAAAAAAACACCUGACAAAUUGACAGCUGGUGACUCAAAUUCCAGUCUGUCAGAUCACAGCUGGUAUCAUGUCGUUAAAUUAUGGAUCUGAUAAUGUCCCGUUUGAAGUGUUUUACUUUCCAUCCACAAACACGGCCACAGCAGUGGGAAAACCAAGACCUUCACCUCUCCUAUAUCAUAUCUGCAUGGCCUGAAGAGAAAUGCAAAAUGUCAAAGUAUUUUAAAGUAGAGUUUUCAAAAGGCUUCAGCACAACCUGAAACAUGCUGAUUGAAGAUGAAUCUACAAUGGCAUGUCACGCAGCCUCUUUCUAUGGCAACUGUUUGAAGAGACUAAACGUUUCCUCAGUUUCUUCUUCUUUUUUCUGGGGGGUGGUUGGAUAAAUUUGAAAUAAGUUUGCUAUAAAUUUGUUUUCGUAUAACUUGGUAGGUUUUGUUUGCUGAUGCUGUUCUUUUCUUCUUCUUUUUUUUUUGUUGCUCUUUAAACCUACUGUACACAUGCUGUGCAGCCAACAGUCUGUGGACAUAAAGGGUCCAGUCAGACUAAACAGAAGGAAAAAAAAAACAGCAAAAUGACAAAAAAAAAAGUCUCCACUCGCCCUCGCUUCAAUGAUCAUCCGGACAAACUGUGAUCACAGCGCGAUGUGGGAAGUCUUGUUGGUACAGAAAGUUCAAAUAAGCUUGUUUUAAAUCAGACUUUUUUUCACUGCCCAAGAUGUAUUACUAUCAUGUUUAAAAGGGCAACAUGCGUGUUACUGUUCUUCCUCCUACCUUACUGCGAAGUGUACAGCUCAAUGAUGUAGCUCCUCUGUCUCGUAUGUGUAUCUGAUAUUAUUUAAAAUGAAAUGUUUGGAGAGACGAAUAAUGAAGGAGUGGUGACUGAGGCAGCGUCACAGCUGAACAGAGACGUUCUGUUUGUUUCUGUGUUAGUUUGAAGCCAUAAGUGAGACCACAGAAACAUGCAUUUGUAAAUUUUAAUGUUUUUUUUUUCUGUUUGUUUGUUUGGGGUUUCUUUUUGCAGUAUGUGGGACUCCAUCUGUGAUGUGUUCAGUUUCUUCUUUUUUUUAAAUUAUGUUUUUGUAAAUACACUGAGAAGUUGUUAAUGGAUUUUGAAUAUAAUGGUAUAAAGCUUCUCUUCCCUUAA